CGUCGUUGCAUACUUGCAUAGAGAGUAGAAAGAGACUGCCCGCCGGCCGCCCCCUCCAUCCUUCCUUGCUUCUAUCUUCCAUUCCGCCGGCUGCCGCCUCCGCCUCCGCCUCUGCGUGAUUUGAUUUGACUAGACGAGAAGAGAAGAGAAGAGAAGAGAAGAAAAGAUGCUGCCUUGGAUCUUCAGCCGCAAGGGCGCGUCGGGCUUCUCCUGGGCAUCCACCGCCGACCAGGUCACCGCCGGCAUCUCCGCAGCCGGCCUCACCGCAAUAGUCACAGGUGCGUCGAGCGGGAUCGGCGCGGAGACGGCGCGGGUGCUGGCGGCGCGCGGGGCCCACGUCGUCAUGGCCGUCAGGAACCUCGCCGCCGCAGAGGCCGUGCGCCAGGCCGUCCUUGCCGAGACCCCCGGCGGCAGCGUGGAGGUGAUGGAGCUGGACCUCUCCUCCCUGGCCUCCGUCCGCAACUUCGCCGCCGACUUCGCCGCCACCGGCCUCCCCCUCAACAUCCUCGUCAACAACGCAGGGGUAAUGGCGACCCCUUUCUCCCUCUCAAAGGAUGGCAUCGAGAUGCAGUUUGCAACUAACCAUGUCGGGCAUUUUCUUCUGACAAAUCUUCUGUUGGAGACCAUGAAGAAGACCUCCCGUGAAUCAAACGUGGAAGGAAGAAUUGUUAACGUUUCAUCAGAGGGGCACAGGUUUGCAUACAAGGAAGGCAUCCGCUUCGCCAAGCUAAAUGACGAGGAAGAGUAUAGCACCAUUGCAGCAUAUGGGCAGUCAAAGCUUGCCAACAUUUUACAUGCUAAUGAACUUGCCAGGAGAUUUAAGGAAGAGGGUGUUAACAUCACUGCAAAUUCUCUCCAUCCUGGAGCUAUCAUCACGAACCUUCUUCGCCACCACAGCAUCAUAGAUGUUCUCCACCGAACGCUUGGUAGACUGGUGCUGAAGAACGCCAAACAGGGAGCUGCAACGCAGUGCUACGUGGCGCUGCACCCGGACGCGAAGGGGGUGUCGGGGAAAUACUGGAGCGACAGCAACCUGUACGAGCCGAGCGAGAAGGCCAAGGACGCGGAGCUGGGAAAGAAGCUCUGGGACUACACUCUCGACCUCGUCGCCUGAUGAUCGGUAGGCGCAGACGAGAUGAGACCAAGGAUGUGAGGAACGCAAUGUAAGCUUACAUAAUGUACAACAACCACCUAGACUACUCGUAGAUAAAAUGCUGGAUACUGGAAUUAGUCCAGACAGAAUUAUUAUUUUUACUCCUAAACAAAUUUGUGGGAUGCUGUAAUCGUCAUAUUAAGAUACAAAAACAUUAACUUCAGAGUACAGCAUGUGCCCUGAUAAGUCCAUGCAAGGUGCUUGCAAGGUCUGGUUCAGUUGA